CAACAACCCCAACAACUACACCAACUCAGUCUACAACUACAAGUGUAACAACAACCCCAAAAACUACAACAACUCAGUCUACAACUACCACUGAAACACCUACUACUACAACUACAAUAUCUACGACAACACCAACUCAGUAUACAACUACAACUGUAACAACAACCCCAACAACUACAACAACAACUCAAUCUACAACUACAACUGAAACACCAACUACUACAAGUACGAUAUCUACAACAAUACCAACUCAGUCUACAACUUCAACUGUAACAACAACCCCAACAACUACAACAACAACGCAAUCUACAACUACAACUGAAACAUCAACUGCAACUCAUUUAUGCACUUCGAUUAUAAUCAAGAAUACUCAAGAAUACUGUAGUUGGACAAAGUGGUAUAAUGUGGAUAACCCUUACAAAGAACUCAGUAAAAGUGACAUUGAAACAUAUGACAAAAUAAGAAGACAGGAUGAAGAAUUUUGUGAAGAUAUCAGAGAUAUUGAGUGCAGGUCAGCUGAAGAACCUGAUAUGAGCUUAAAAGAUUAUCUAAAAACACUCAGAGUGAAACAAGUUGUUAAGUGUGAUCUUAAGGUUGGUUUAAUAUGUAAAAAAGAGGAUCAGCCUAUCAAUCCAGGUAAAUGCUAUGACUACAUGAUCAGGGUAUAUUGUUGUAAAAAAAAUACUGAAUAUAUUGUCACAGAAUGUAAUACACCUACAACUGUAACAACAACCACGACAACUACAACAACUCAGUCUACAACUACAACUGUAACAACAACCCCAAUAACUACAACAACUCAGUCUACAACUACAAGUGUAACAACAACCCCAAAAACUACAACAACUCAGUCUACAACUACCACUGAAACACCUACUACUACAACUACAAUAUCUACGACAACACCAACUCAGUAUACACCUACAACUGAAACAACAGCCACGACAACUACAAAAACAACUCAAUCUACAACUACAACUGAAACACCAACUACUGCAAGUACAAUAUCUGCAACAACAACAACUCAGUCUACAACUACAACUGUAACAACAACCCCAACAGCUACAACUCAAUCCACAACCACAACUGAAACGCCAACUACUACAACUACAAUAUCUAUAACAACACCAACUCAGUCUACAACUACAACUGAAACAACAACCACGACAACUACACCAACAACUCAGUCCACAACUACAACUGAAAUAUCAACUACUACAACUACAAUAUCUCCAACAACACCAACUCAGUCUACAACUACAACUGUAACAACAACCCCAACAACUACAACAACAACUCAAUCUACAACUACAACUGAAACACCGACUACUGCAACUACAAUAUCUCCAACAACACCAACUCAGUCUACAACUACAACUGUAACAACAACCCCAACAGCUACAACUCAAUCCACAACCACAACUGAAACGCCAACUACUACAACUACAAUAUCUAUAACAACACCAACUCAGUCUACAACUACAACUGUAACAACAACCCCAACAACUACAACUACAAGUCAAUCCACAACCACAACUGAAACGCCAACUACUACAACUACAAUAUCUACAACAACACCAACUCCAUCUACAACUACAAGUGUAUCAACAACCCCAACAACUACAAAUCAAUCUACAACUACAACUGAAAUACCAACUACUACAACUACAAUAUCUCCAACAACACCAACUCAGUCUACAACUACAACUGUAACAACAACCCCAACAACUACAACAACAACUCAAUCUACAACUACAACUGAAACACCAACUACUGCAACUACAAUAUCUCCAACAACACCAACUCAGUCUACAACUACAACUGUAACAGCAACCCCAACAACUACAACAACAACUCAAUCUACAACUACAACUGAGACACCAACUACUGCAACUACAAUAUCUGCAACAACACCAACUCCAUCUACAACUACAACUGAAAUACCAACUACUACAACUACAAUAUCUCCAACAACACCAACUCAGUCUACAACUACAACUUUAACAACAACCCCAACAACUACAACUACAACUCAAUCCACAACCACAACUGAAACGCCAACUACUACAACUACAAUAUCUAUAACAACACCAACUCAGUCUACGACUACAACUGUAACAACAACCUCAACAAUUACAACAACAGCUCAGUCCACAGCUACGACUGAAAUACCAACUACUACAAGUACAAUAUCUACAACAACACCAACUCCAUCUACAACUACAACUGAAAUACCAACUACUACAACUACAAUAUCUCCAACAACACCAACUCAGUCUACAACUACAACUGUAACAGCAACCCCAACAACUACAACAACAACUCAAUCUACAACUACAACUGAAAAACCAACUACUGCAACUACAAUAUCUCCAACAACACCAACUCAGUCUACAACUACAACUGUAACAACAACCCCAACAACUACAACAACAACUCAAUCUACAACUACAACUGAAACACCAACUACUACAACCCCAACAACUACAACAACAACUCAAUCUACAACUACAACUGAAACACCAACUACUGCAAGUACGGUAUCUCCAACAACACCAAUUCAAUCUACAACUAAAUCCGAAACACCAACUACAAGUACAAAAUCUACAACAACACCAACUUCAUCAACUACUACAACUGAAACCCCAACUACUACUACACCAACAUUUACAAAUACAACUCAGUCUACAACUACAACUGAAACACCAACUACAGUAACCCACAUAUCUAAAACCACACCAAUGCAAUCUUCAACUACAACUAAAAUAUCAUCACUAAUGACAACCCCAUCAACAACAAGUGGAACACUCCCCACACCUUCCUUUUGCGACGGUGUACCGGUUAAUGAGUUUUUUCAUCUUUGCAACUGCACUAUGGCCAAAUGCAUAGGCAAUAACCAAGUUGAAAUAGUUCCAUAUGAAUGUAAGCCUAUUAGGAACAUAACUUGCAGCAAUGGAAAGAAACCAGUUCUCGUGUAUGAUGAGUACCAGUGCUGUCAACAAUACGCUUGUGACUGUGAAUGUGAAGGAUGGGGGGGAUCCUCAUUACAUUACCUUUGAUGGUUUUUACUACAGUUAUCAAGGAAACUGUACUUAUGUUUUAAUGGAAGAAAUUGAAAGAAAGUAUCACUUAAAGGUUUACAUUGAUAACGUGAUUUGUGAUCCCAAUGAAGAUGUUUCCUGUCCUC